AUGGGUAAAGACUACUAUAAUGUCCUGGGCAUACAGAAAGGAGCGACGGAGGACGAGAUCAAGAAGGCUUAUCGUAAGCAGGCUCUGCGUUACCACCCGGAUAAAAACAAGUCUCCUGCAGCCGAGGACAAGUUUAAAGAAAUAGCUGAAGCUUAUGACGUUCUGAGCGACCCAAAGAAAAAGGACAUUUACGACCGAUUCGGCGAAGAAGGUGAGUGUUCUAUCUACUAGACAUUUUACAUUUUAGUCAUUCAGCAGACGCUCUUAUCCAGAGCGACUUACAGUUAGUGAGUGCAUACAUGACGCAACAUGUUGUUAUUAAAAAGUGGUGAAUAAAUACACUUUAUUUUCCAAAGUACAUUAGUUAGGUAGACCUAUUGGGAACGAUUUCAAAGCUUCAAUUAUAACGAUGUAAAGCUGAAUCUUUGUUUCUUGAUAUUUUGAUGAGUAUUUAGGCGAGAUGGCAUUUCAAGAUCUCUCUCAAGCACCUGCCUCUUUCCUCUGAAAAUCUACUCUUCUUCAGUGGUGCUGAAACCGCAGUUUUAUUUCUAGAGUUGUAACGCUUUGGGCCACAGAAGUUCCAAAAACAAACGCUAUAUGCUUAUAACAAACCAAGCAAUAGCUUAUAAGCCUACCUUUCUUAGCCAAUGUGAGCAAUAUUUUAUAACCAGAAAGGGCAAAGCACAGGAAGGUGGAAGUACAGCACGCAUGUUCCAACAAUAAUCCCUUGCAGCACAAUCAUAAGGAAUGGAUUAAAAAAAUUGAUAAACAAUACAAUAGGCCUGCGGAUUGGCAACAACGCUCGGAUUGGCUGCAAGACACGAGCGGAGCGGCGCCGGAGAGGUGCCCGCCCACUGCUGGAAGGUUCGGGCGCUGACGUCACAGAGGGGCGGAGAGACCGACUUUAACAGUUUGGCACUAGCCUGUCAGCAAGCUUCUCAAAGGACAGAUGGUGUGGUCGUGGAUUCCUAGUUCCUACAGUAGGCCUAGGUUAGAAUGGUGCAGCUGUGUUCUUAUCAGUUGUUUUUAAGGACCAGGCUAGGUAACUCAACUGUCAAGCUGCAUUAUUCCGUGUAUAGCAACAGACACUGUAGACCACAGGAGGUUGGUGGCACCUUAAUUGGGGAGAACAGGCUCUUGGUAAUGACUGGAGCGGAAUCAGUGGAAUGGUAUCAAAUACAUCAAAUACAUGGUUUCCAGGUGUUUGAUGCCAGUCCAUUUGCGCCGUUCCGGACAUUAUUAUUUAGCCGUCCUCCCCUCAACAGCCUCCUGUGGUGUAGACCAAUACAACCUUUAUUCCCUCCCUUCUAGCCCUACACACAGACACAUUGUUUCCACACCCAUGGGUGCUACUGCACAUAGGAAAUGAUUACACAACUUCUAUUGAAAGAAGUCUGAACCAGAGCACCAAAUGUUUAACUCUCUCUCUCCGUCCCUUCCUCCUUCUCUCCUCCAGGGUUGAAGGGAGGAGGCCCCUCAGCAGGAGGGGGUGUUCCUGGGGGCCCUAAUUUCAGCUACUCCUUCCAGGGCGACCCCCACGCCAUCUUCGCCGAGUUUUUCGGGGGCCGGAGCCCCUUCGACCAGUUCUUCCCCCGAAACGGCGGGGGCCCAGACGGGGACAACAUGGACACUGACGAUCUCUUCGCCCGUUUCGGGAUGGGGGGCGGCGGCAUGGGGGGGUUCCCCCGUUCCUUCAGCACAGGGAUGGGGGGAGGGAUGGGGGGGCAGAUGGUUGAGAAGCACCAGGACCCACCCAUGCUCCACGACCUCAGGGUGACCUUAGAAGAGGUUGGUUGAUUGAUUGAUUGACUUAUUUUAUUUGACAACAAAAAAUAUCCAUGUACACACAGUACAUACAUUUUAAAAGUUGUCUAGGAUAACACAAUAAAGGCAAUAACUAAUUUCCAUUGUGAUCCUUAAAAGGUGUUCUCAGGUUGCACUAAGAGAAUGAAGAUAUCCCACAAGCGGCUGAACGCAGACAGACGGACCACCCGGACGGAGGACAAGAUCCUGGAGGUGGAGAUAAAGAAGGGAUGGAAGGAGGGGACGAAGAUCACCUUCCCUAAAGAGGGGGAUGAGACGCCCACUAACAUCCCGGCAGACGUGGUGUUCGUGGUCAAGGAUAAGCCCCACCCAGUGUUCCGGCGAGAAGGCUCUGACAUCGUUUACCCCGCCAAGGUCUCCCUCAGAGAGGUAAGGCAGAAUGAUUGGAACUUUUAACUAAACUAUACUAAAUAUACUUUGUUUUUAUACGCUGCUCUCCAAGUGCUCGCUAAAACAAAUUGAUAGUACUUAGAAUGACAAUCAUUCUUGAACCUACAGACAACUGUUUGUACGUAGACUAGAGUGAUGAAGCGUAACAUCUCUCUCUCUCUCUCUCCCCCCUCUAUCUUCUCUCUCUCUCUCUCUCUCUCUCUCAGGCUCUGUGCGGCUGCACGGUCAACGCCCCCACGCUGGACGGCAGGACAGUAACCGUGACGACCGGGGACGUGGUGCGUCCGGGGAUGAAACGACGUAUCACGGGGGAGGGGCUUCCUCACCCCAAGCGGCCCGAUCGCCGCGGUGACCUGCUGGUGGAGUACGAGGUGGUGUUUCCGGAGAGAUUGAGUCAGAGUGCCAAGGAGACCAUCGCACAGGUGCUUCCACCCUAG